CUGGCGGACUUCCUGCAAAGCCGCACUGCAGGUAUGGCGGCGUUCAGUAAACACCUGACCGGCAGGAGCGGCGCGGCGGCGGCGGCCGCGGCGGCGGCGGCGCUGGGGGUCUACCUGCUGAAGCAGAGAGGACACUGUUCCACAUUAAAUAACAGGGGUGAAGGAUCAGCAGAACCGCACCUGAACAGUGUGAAGGAUGGUAAGAAGGACAAGGCCGCGGUGGACAAAGUGUUCGUCAGCCGAAUUUACCAAAUCUUGAAGAUCUUGGUGCCGCGGAUGUUCUGUAAAGAGUCGGGGUAUCUGCUCCUCAUCGCUGCGAUGCUGGUGGCCAGAACGUACUGUGAUGUGUGGAUGAUCCACAACGGGACGAUGAUCGAGAGUGCGAUCAUUGGACGAUCAACUAAAGCGUUCAAGGCGUACUUAUUCAAGUUUAUAGCUGUCAUGCCGUUUAUAUCGUUAGUGAAUAGUUCUUUGAAGUUGGGUCUGAAUGAGCUGAAACUCCGCUUCAGAGUGAGACUCACCAAACACCUGUACAGCCACUACCUCAGAGGAUUCACCUUCUAUAAGGUCAGUAAUGUGGACAACAGAAUAGCCAAUCCUGACCAGCUGCUGACCCAGGAUGUGGAGAGGUUCUGUAACAGCGUGGUGGACCUCUACUCCAACAUCAGCAAGCCUCUGCUGGACAUCAUCAUCUACAUCUUCAAACUGACCACAGCUAUCGGAGCUCUGGGUCCGGUCAGUAUGCUGAGCUACCUGCUGCUGUCCGGUCUGUUUCUGACCCGCCUGCGGCGGCCAAUCGGGAAAAUGACUGUAACCGAGCAGAAGUUUGAGGGAGAAUACAGAUACGUCAACUCUCGCCUCAUCACGAACAGUGAGGAGAUUGCGUUCUAUAACGGCAGUAAGAGGGAGAUGAAGACCAUCCAUGACACGUUCCACAAGCUGGUGGAGCACCUGAACCGCUUCAUCUGUUUCCGGUUCUCUAUGGGCAUCGUAGACAGCAUCGUCGCUAAAUACAUCGCUCUGGUGGUCGGGUACCUGGUGGUCAGCAGACCCUUCUUAGACCCCUCAAACACACGGCAUCUGAACAGCUCGCACUCUGAGAGGCUGGAGGAUUAUUAUCAGAGCGGCCGGAUGCUGCUGAGCUUGGCUCAGGCCCUGGGCAGAAUCGUCCUGGCGGGCAGAGAGAUGACCAGGCUGUCGGGCUUCACCACACGGAUCACAGAGAUUCAGGAGGUCCUGAAGGAGCUGAACUCGGGCAGAUACGAGCGCACGAUGAUCUCUCAGCUGGGGAAAGAGUCUGAAGCAGUGGAUAAAAUGAGUCUGGUACCCGGCAGUGGACAAAUAGUUCAUGCAGAUAACAUCAUCAGGUUUGAGCACAUCCCUCUAGCGACCCCUAAUGGAGAUAUCCUUAUUCGCGACUUGUCAUUCGAGGUUUUAUCCGGAACCAAUGUUCUAGUGUGCGGUCCAAAUGGCUGCGGGAAAAGCUCUCUGUUCAGAGUUCUGGGAGAGCUAUGGCCGCUGUUUGGAGGGCGUCUGACCAAACCUGACCGUGGGAAGCUCUUCUAUGUUCCACAGAGGCCGUAUAUGACUCUGGGGUCUCUGAGGGAUCAGGUGAUUUACCCCGACACACGUGAAGACCAGAGAAGAAAAGGAACAUCUGAUAAGGUGCUGAAGGAGUACCUGGAUAACGUCCAGCUGGGUCACAUCCUGGAGCGAGAGGGCGGCUGGGACAGCGUGCAGGACUGGAUGGACAUUCUGAGCGGAGGAGAGAAACAGAGGAUGGCGAUGGCUCGUCUGUUCUACCAUAAGCCUCAGUUUGCGAUCCUGGAUGAGUGCACCAGUGCGGUCAGCGUGGAUGUGGAGGAUUACAUCUAUAGCCACUGCAGGAAGGUCGGAAUCACUCUGUUCACCGUCUCACACAGAAAAUCUCUGUGGAAACACCACGAGUACUACUUACACAUGGACGGCAGAGGAAACUACCAGUUCAAACAGAUCACCGAGGAGACGGUGGAGUUCGGCUCGUGAGGAGGAGAUUCGGAAGAGGACGAGAGUGAACAGCUCUGCACGGCAAUCGGGACGGGACCGUUUCAGAAUGGACCAUCGUAAAUUUCAAUAUAGCAGCUUCAGUAUCGCCAGGAAAGUUAUAUUUGAAAUGUUUUGUUCCAAAAUGUGGCGUUAGACCACUUUUCUGUUUGUUUUUAUGAUAUAAGUUGUUGGGAGCUUUACACAUACGAGACAUAUCAGUGCUUUAUUAUCGUCGUUAUCACCAUUAUCAGAGAAAUAGACAAAGGUCUCCACAGUGAGGCUCCGGAGUUUAUACGGCGCGAGACCUAAUCAGAUGUUAUUUCCAGGCAGCGUCGUUAUCAGACCGUCUUGAAGGAAACAAAGACAAACAGUCCAAAAGUCAAAGUCAUAAAAACGAAGGCAGAGUAAAGAGUCAUAAAGCUGACGGUGAGUGUGUUUACAUGAACUCAGUAAUCUGAUCAUUGAUUUCUGCAGUGAUCUGAUUACUCAGUGGUCAUGUAAACACAGUCUGAUUUCUUAGAUCAGAUUAAGGUCUAUAAAUCUGAUAAAGAGGCUGAUCUGUGUUAUUUCUCUCUGUAAUGCUGGAUUUCCUGCAUUCCUGGAUUCACCCAAACUUCCUUCACAUGAUUGGAAUCAAAAUAAAAGGCGACGUGUUUUGGAGCUUCAGCCUCAAAGUAACUCAGUAAAAAAUGAGCUGAAAUAACCAAGUUAGCAGCUCAGUGAACUCUAACCUGGAGAGAAAGUUCCUCUGAUCCUCGUCUGUGCUCGGUGGUCUUAGAAAAGGUGAUAAGAUUUAAAUUUACAAAAUAAAAUUUUAUUAACUUUUACUCUUAAAACAAGUAAUAAUGAGGCCGUUAAAGCUGCAAUAGAGUUGAACUCCCCACUGUGUCUGGCUUACUGAGUAAAGUGCAGUAUUAGAUUAGGUGCUGAAUUCGGAAAACGCUGCUGUAACGAUGGAAAACUCCUUGGUUUUAAUGUGGAAACCACACAGGUCGGCUCUGGAAAUCACUUACAGCCUUAAGUUUCUCCAGCAGGGGCCGAUGGCGCACAAGUCACUCUGAACCCACACCAGAAGGAGCCCGUGAAUGCACAUGUUUGUAGUAAUGUUUAUUAAAAUGACAGAUGAAGUUCUCAAAUGAUGUUGAUCUACUUAAUAUAUUUAAUAUGUGAGUUCUACUGAAGAUUUUCAUCAAAACAUUUAGCAUGUUAAAAAGCCUGCAGGCUGAAUUCGAUGGGUGGGAUGCUGGGGCCGAUAUUAUCCACAGUCGCGAGAACCUCGGCCAGGCGCACCGUAAACACGCUGAACCGCUUACCCACAAAAUCUGAUUUUCAUCAUUUCUGCAGUUCAGAUUAUGAAGUGAAUGUAAACACACUCCGUGUCAACGCAUGGCAGCUAAUUAGGUACAGCUGAGAACACAGAUCUAAUACUCCGGCGCCCCCUGGAGGCAAGGAGGGGAACCUGCAGCAGCAGAUGUAGCUAAUAAAAAUGUUUAUUAUACAUCAGCUGUUACUGUUUUCAGAAACUGUUCAAAAGGUCUGUGUUUUAUUAAAUCUGAUCAUCGUCGCGUCCCUGUGACAAACUUUCUUCUAUAAAUAGAUACACAUAAAUUUUCUCUGUCCUGGAGGAAAUUCUCAGAUUAAUCUCUCAGGGACAGCGUACAGUCCAGCGUACAGUCCAGCGUACAGGCCAGCGUACAGUCCAGCGUACAGUCCAGCGUACAGUCCAGCGUACAGUCCAGUGUACAGUACUGUAAUCCAGAUGAAGUUACUGUCUGUCUUUUAUUACUGGUACAUUUUGGAUCUGAUUUAAAUGGAGCUUGAAUCUUUCCUGGAGGACGAGGUGGAUGUUUUUGUUUCUGCUGUUUGGUCUGUGAAGCUGUCCAGUCGUUAUUUAUCUGCACUGGGUGGGAUUCUGUCUGAGGGGGUUAAAUAUGAAGUGUGUUGGUCAAAGUGCUGUAAACUGGAUCUUUAUAUUUAAUAAUAUAUUAAUAAAGAUGUGCUGUUUUCA